AUGGAAAGGAGCCUGGCGCGGGCGUACGAGUCGGGCCGCCCAAGGUUUGUCAUCAAUUGCAGCUUUGGCGAGUACAUGCAGGACCGGGACAACAAGUCGCUGGCCCAGCAAGUUAAGCUGGUCUAUACCAUUCUCCGGCGCACUCAGGCGAAUGUCCAGUUGCAUUUGACCUCACUGGGCUCGGAGAAUCCAGCCAAAUCGCAUUUUGACGGCAUCGGGAUCUCUGGCUGGAAAGUCCACGUGCAUGAGGAGAGCUUUUGGGAGUUGUUCCCUCCGGAGGAUGUGGUCGUCCUGUCGCCAGACGCCGGCUACUGCUUAGAUACCGUGGAUGAGGACAAGAUCUAUGUCAUAGGAGGCCUCGUAGACCGAAGGCCGCAGAAGAAUCGGACUUUCCAUCAAGCUCAAAAGACCGGGAAAAUUGGCCUUCAUCAGCUUCGGAAGCUGCCUCUGAAGGAGCAGGGCCCAAAGGGCUUCCACCCCAUUCUCAACAUAGAUGUGGUGGUACAGAUCCUCAUCGAGCGCCUUCACGGGCAUGAGUGGCAGGUGCUCUCUGAUGUCGACGUCUCCACUGUGCAAGGUGACUCCAUGCUCGAUGCUGGCAUCGUGGAGUUUGCCAAGGGCAACUACCUGGAUGAGAUGAGGGCCUGGCAUUUCAAGCACCACGAGACCUACUGUGUGGCCCCGGUGGUCACGAACCGCACGCAAGGACCAGCGAGCGG